UUGGGGAAAAUCCUCAAAAACCUCUUCUUUGUGCUUCAUUUCAGAAAUUAGUGUUUGACAUCCCAGUCUUCCAUCCUCUUGUUGACCCGGUGUCGGGAGAGCUUGAUGUCAGAAGAGCUUUCACCAAAUGGAGACGGAAUCACAACCACAUCUGGCAAGUCCUGAUGUACGCACGCACAGUUUUUUACAAGAUCAACACCACGGAACCGCUCAACCCAGAGGCUGCUGUGCUAUAUGAAAAGGAUGUUCAGUUGUUCAAGAGCAAAGUGGUGGAUAGUGUGAAACUAUGCAACAGCCAUCUUUUUGACCAGCCCAAGAUAGAUGAUCCCUACGCAAUAAGCUUCUCUCCAUGGAACCCAGCUGUCCACGACGAAGCAAAAGAGAGAAUGUUCACAUACAAAAGACGGCCUGAGGAUCACCACAAGGGAACGCAGGUGUCGGGGUUGUCUUGGGUGAAGCCCGGAUCUACGCAGCCCUUCAGCAAAGAAGACAAUCCUCCCCAGAGCUGAGCCUGCAGUGUCGCAGCAGUGGCCACUAGAGGGAGGCACCAGCAUCAGAUGCCACGCCACUGGCUCGCCUCAGCUGUGUAUCUGAGCUGGACCCUUGAAACAGUUGGGAGAACUUUAUAUUAACUCUACGUUAUUGCUCAGCUUUAAAAGCUUUGUAGGCAUCUCCUCAAACAGCUUUAGUGUAAGAAAACCAAGUUUGUAUCAUAUGUAAAUCGACGAUGACAAAUGGAUGUGUCAGCAACAUCAUUUAGGCUGUGAUGCAAUCAAAGCGCAUUCUUGUUUAGAUUUUUUUUUUUUUUUAGAUCCACACAUGUGUUUGAUUAGGUGAUGAUAUAAUGUCCCAAAAGGAGGCGAAACAUAUGAGCAAAGCUAUUUGCAUUCAUAUGGUAAGUACAGUGGACUGCAUGAUCUUUACCACUAAUAGAAAUUGGCUCAGGACUGUUUAUUUGUCAGACUUGGAAUGUCAUCAGUCACAGCUGUGUGAAUGAAACAUCCUAAUCACACCCUCUCCCAAUACCCAGUUAGGUUGACAUGAUAUGUUUUAUAUUUGUUACUUAUGGGACAAUGAUUUCUUUAUAUUUCUACUGUGUAAACUAUUGUCUUACAUAGUUCCUAAUAUAUGUAUAAAGCAGAGCAGGCAAGUAUGGUUUUAAUUGAGAUGCUAAGUAAGCUCGAGUAUUUUAUUUUGUCUGAUUUUAAAUCAUUUUGAAUGUUUUAUGUACCUUUUGGUUAUCGGUUAUUAAAGGUUUGAUGUGUAAAUAACGGAUGCUGUGCUAAGGUUUGACUUUAAGAGACAUAUCUGCAUUGAUCCUUAGAUUUUGUAAGCAAACGUUUUGGUUUUCUUUCCAAAUUGCUGUAAAUUAUUUAAGCUCCCAAGUCAAAGAAGUUACUGCAGGAUUCCUACAGAAGUCUGACAGAAAAUGUAUUUUGAUAAGGUUUAGUUAUUAACUACUUUCUGAGCAGCACAAUAUAAUGGUUAUAUACCCUUAAGCUCCAGACAGCUGUCAGUUAGUACUUGACGUCUUCAUCUGAAUAAUGAUCUGGCUUGUAGUGAAAUUGCUCCUCCACUUUAAAUAUGCAAAUAUCGCCGGAAAAAAAGGGUGGAAUGUUUUAUAUACACGAGAAUCCCACAAGGAAAUGACCAUAUUAGAAAAUCAAAUAUGGUGCUGAAACCUGUUAGACCUAUUUAUAGCUGCUGUGGAAGGCAAGGACGUAACAAAAUCAGUGUACCUCACACUGUCAUUUGGGCUGCUGGCAUCUUCAAACAGGAGUCGUUAUGUGUUCUGCAUUGAACCGUUCCUUCUCCACUGCAUAGAUGAGAGAUUUAAAUGUUUUUUUUUCUCUGAAAUCAAUAAAAUGAUUUUAAAAAGUU